UUCAUUUUAUACAUAAACGAUUUCAAUGCACAUUUCUAUCCGGCGUGACCUGAUAACCUUCUUGGUUUCUUUUCUUCUUUUUUUUUGCUCGACCUCGUGCAUUGACACGUGACAGUCAAGCUGUCAGAAUUCUGGCAGAUUACAUCUUUUUUCCAAAUCAUCAGACUCCCUCUUUGGACGAUAGAGUGUGCAAAAUAUCAGAUAAGUAAGCCGACAAUUGAGUCCCUAUUUACUUGUUUUGUAAACGAUUACCCUUCUCCCAAUUGACCUUGCUAUGAAGCAUCUGAAUUAUUUCAUAUUUAAAAAAAAUAAAAACGCUUUGUUUUAUUCAUGGAACAAUGACACAAGGUGACUUUGUGUCCCAGAAUGAUAAUGAAUGAAGUUUGUUUUAAUUAAUCAUUUGACACAGUUACAUAUUUUAACACUUUUGAAAGGGUAAAUGAUAGUAUAAUGUCAGAGGAAGAACGACCAUUUAAAACCUUUUACAAAAACGUAUUUGUUUUUUCCUCACUAUCUAAUCAUGGAAUACCUCUAGCAUUACAAAAAAUAUCCAUCAGUGCAUGUAGAAUUCGUAAUAUACGUGGGCUAAAUAUAGAGCUUAGGCAACAUCUAAAAAUAAAUCCGAUGCAAUCGCAAUUUACAAAUGCAGCGACCACAGCUGUCAGCGACCACUGUGUGACAAUUAAGUCUUCAAACGAAGAUUCCGUGUACAAGAAAGAAAAACAGAGAGAGACUCGAAAUUCCACAUCAGAAAACAAUCCUGUAGAGAAAGCCUCCGAAGGAGAGCAGGGAGUAAACCAAAUCAUGGAGACAAAUGGACAUUGGGCAGAAGUGACCAGUGUGGAAAGAGUCCAAACAGGGAAUAAUGAGAUUUACAUACAUAAGGAAAGAAAACCAGAAGACAGAGUUAACAUGAAAUAAAAUACAAUGACACACUGUGAAAAUGAAACUUCAAGCAAACAAACAUUCACAGUACUCAUCAAUAUACAGGAGAUUGUCAAAAUUAGGUAAUUUAGUUAAAAUUCCAACAGCCAAAAGAAUCAACGUUGUAUCAUUGUUUAAACUGACAGCUGCAUUUGUUCUUGUCUUGGUGGCGGAUGCAUUGGAAGAUGGAGAAUGAUACAAAUAAUUGAACUUAAUGUGUAACCCUGAAUAUUUGACGAGAACGCCUUUGGUCUUCAAAGACUUGAAUAAAGAUGAACUAGCAACAGAGAUUGCAGAGGAUUAACUUCACAGUCUUAUGGGGAUUACGCACACAUAAAAACCUCUGGCUCAUCUGCCGGAGCUCGUCAUGCAGUCGACUUUGAUGUCCAGAAACGUUAACUUAAAUGGAAUUAUGACCAAUGAUUUUAAAACGAUCUGUAAAAACUAUAUGUUUUAACAAGGAUUUGUCUGUGUUUGAAUAGGUUUAUCAGCGUCAUCGUUUUCAUGCAUUGAAAUACUGUAACCGUUGAACACCGUACGUGUAAGGCGGAUUGUGUUUGGGUGAUUUUAUCCACUUUGAGUGACUUUCCUCACAAAGACAUCCAGUAACCAUACACAAAGAGAAACUGUAAUGUAGUGCCAAAUCCCUGAUGUUAAUUAUAUUUUCAAAACUUUUUCAUUUGUGUUUAAUGAAAUGUUUCACGAAUAUUCUAUGACUCUAAACAAGAAACUUUGGAAUUUUACAAAUGUUCAUAUAAAAAAAAAAAAAAAAAAAAAAAAAAAAAAACGGAGAAAGGUGUCAUUUACAAAAUGUUGAAGAUGAAGAUAUUGUUUAUUUGGAAAAGUUUAAACAAAGAAAAUAUAUUUCAGGGUUUUCCUUUCUUUUAUUUUUUUUAAAUACCAGUCUAUUGGUAUUGUCACGAAAGGAGUGUAUAACUUUCAUCUACUGUAGUUGACAGAAUUGAUAUCUUUGAUACGUUAAUUGAAUGCGAUGUUUCCUUUGUUACAAAGAAGCCAGUCAUCCCCCUGUUCGAUUUCCGUUUGGUGCUUUAUGUUUUGUUCUCUAUUAAAGAUCAAAUAACCUGUAAAA